GUCGGUGGCGCUAUAAUGCAGCUUAUCCGUUGCUGGCUGCACCUGAGAAAAAGUUCGACGGGCCGGUGAAGUAUUUGUUUGUUUAUUCGACACUGCCUAUCUAUCGAAUUGUUUUGUCUGAAAGGUAGCUGAGUUUGGUGACAUCUGUGUGGACGAGUCAGCGUUUUUCGAUGGCAAUACCCGAGGAUGUUUCUGGAGUACACAAUGCCUGGGUCUUCUUGUCCUUUCUGGGACAGGCCGACUGUACAAACCUUGAACUCCAUAAGGAACUCGAAUCACUGGGCAGGAAUAUGAAGGACCAAACCUCCUCUAAUUCACGCUUCAAACCUGAUUACGGAGAACUUGAAACCGAUGGACACAAUCAGAGCAACAUCAGAGCUUUACUGGGAGACCUUCAGCCUCAGGUGGAACUACAAGGACCGGUGACAACAGGUGUGGUCACCAAUCCAAUCAAUGCAGAGGACCUGCGGGACGUUAUUGCAGCCCUAAAGGAGAUCGCCGAUCAAAUUGAGCAAAGUGUUAUGACACGGGCCAUCGACAGUCUUGCCAAGAAACUGUCUAACUCUGCAGAAUACGUGUGGAAAAAUCAUCUUACCCUGGAGGUUGAAUGGGUUGUGAAGAAUAGCCAGGGGUUGGACCUUCCCCAGGAAAGGCUGAUGAUGGCCCUGGCCCUCACCCUAGUGAAGGGUGUGUGUGAGAGGACACCAACACUUCUGAGACGCCUCUUUGCAACCACACUGGAGUACCUUCACUAGAACCUUAGGCCCAGGCUUUUGGGACGGAGCCUCUUACUUGAAAUGGUGUUCAACCUAUCAACUCAGGGAUCGCUUGCUGUGAUUUCAGAAUGUUUUCGAGUGAUCUCAGAUUUUUACUUUGUUAUAUUUUUAUAUGUUCUGUGAUCCUUAACCUUUGGGACAGAUGUGCCCUCUUUCUUGAUACUGAUGUAUGCAAAAUAUGUCUGUAAAAAAUAAAUAAACCUCAUGUUUAAGAAUAA